GCGUGAUGACGUAUAACGCAGUGAGAAACUGGUAAGUGGUUGACACCUGCUAAAAAUUUUGUAAAUAACUCACUGAAAAGUUGAAGAGAAACGUUAAACUGAGAACUAAUUAUGCCACGAAUAAUAGAAUGUGUACCAAAUUUCUCUGAAGGCAGAAACAAAGAGGUUAUUGAGGCGAUUGCUAGUGCUAUAGCCAACACAGAAGGAUGUAGUUUAUUGGAUGUUGAUCCAGGUAUAUCAACCAAUAGAACAGUUUAUACCUUCGUGGGUAGUCCUGGGGCUGUUAUAGAGGGUGCUUUAAACUCAGCGAGAGCAGCAUAUCAUUUAAUAGACAUGAGACUUCAUCAAGGAGAGCAUCCACGUAUGGGUGCAAUGGAUGUCUGUCCAUUUAUUCCAGUACAAGAUACAACAAUGGAAGAUUGUGUUGAAUGUGCUAAAGAAUUCUGUGAUCGCUUGGCAAAUGAACUCGGCGUACCAACUUAUUUAUAUGGUGAUGCAGCCAAAGAAAAUGGUGAAUUCCGACACACUUUACCUCAAAUAAGAUCAGGAGAAUAUGAAGGUCUUAUUGAAAAGUUACGACAACCAGAUUGGAAGCCAGAUGGAGGACCAACAGAUUUUGUACCAUCAUGGGGAGCUACUGCAGUGGGGGCUAGAAAAUUCCUGAUAGCAUAUAAUAUCAAUCUCCUAGCAACAAAAGAACAAGCUCAUAGAAUAGCACUAAAUGUUCGAGAACAGGGGCGCAGCAAAGAUCAGCCUGGUAGAUUAAAGAAAUUACAAGCUAUUGGAUGGUACAUGGAAGAAGCUAAUUUAGCUCAAGUUUCUAUGAAUUUAACAGAUCAUGAAGUUACACCUUUACAUGUAGCUUAUGAAGAAUGCUAUAAAGAUGCUGAAGAACUAAAUUUAGCUGUAGUUGGGUCACAGAUUGUAGGAUUAGUGCCAUUACAGGCUAUGUUAGCAACUGCUAAUUAUUUUAUACAGAAAGAAAAUCUCUUUAUUUUGGAAGAAGACCAAAAACUAAGACUGGUAAUCAACAGACUAGGUUUGAAUUCUGUUGGAGCGUUUAGUCCCAAAGAAAGAAUAAUAGAGUAUAUGAUACAUAGUGAUACUGAUGGUCCACUUGUUAGUAUGGAAGUAAAAGAUUUUAUAUUAACUGUGGGGUCAAGGUCACCAACACCAGGUGGUGGUUCUGUAGCAGCCAUGUCUGCUGCAUUGGGAGCUGCUCUUGGUGCUAUGGUUGGAUUCCUGACAUAUGGUAAUAAAAAGUUUGCUGAUCUUGAUACCAAGAUGAGACAACUCAUUCCACCUCUAUAUAAAGGCAUGAAAGAUUUGACUCCCUUUAUUGAUGCUGAUGCUGCUGCUUUUAGUGAAUAUAUGUUGGCAAUGAAAUUACCUCACAGUAAUGAGGAAGAAACAAAUGAACGACAGAAAGCUCUACAACAGGGACUGAGUACAGCUGUUAAAGUACCACUGUGUGUAGCUAGAAUUGUAACAUCAUUGUGGGCACCUUUAAAAGAAUUAUCAGAGAUUGGUAAUAUCAACUGUAAAUCAGAUUUACAGGUGGGUGUACGUAAUUUAGAAACAGCAGUUUGGGGUACUUAUUACAACAUAUCUACAAAUCUUGAUGAAAUAACAGACGAAGAGUUCAAAAAUAAGACCAAGGCAGAAAUAGAUGAUGCUCUAAAGACUGCUCAAGAGAACUGUGUUGCCAUAUUGAAAAUUCUUGAUGGAAGAACAUCAUAGAUUCACUAAUACGCAUUAUAGUCCACGCUUUUGAUGACCUAAGUUAAAAGUUGUUCACUUUCAAAACCAAUGAUUGUUUUGUUGUUUUUAUCAAAAUUGUUGUUAAUUGAGAAUUUUUUUUUUAAUGUUUUUAAAACAUGAUUUUUUUUUUGCUGUUGUUUAGACAUUGUUAAUUGGCAUACAUAUUAUAUUAUUGACGUUAAUUUAUGCCUGUUUUUGGCCAUUUUUAUCCUUCAUAAUCCUGAUCAUUAAUGCUGCUGUGGUUGAAUCUGUUAUAUCUUUGUGAUAAAUGUUUUGCGUUAGUUUUGUUCGAAGUGACAACCUAUCAACAGUCACAUUAAUUUCAGUUCUGUCAGAUAUAGUGUAGAAAGUAACCCUCCAAAAAUAAGCAUGAACUUAACACCCCUAGAGUAAUCAGUUGUUAUUAAUUAGUCAUUAAUAACAUAAUGAUGUAAUUAUCUACUAAUCAGUGUCUUACUUCUAUAUAUGUUAAUUUCUUGUUUUAUGGUAUAAACCUAUCUGGUAGAUAGACUACAAACCUUAAAUCACCUAAAUAAUUAGUUGAAUAUUUGAAUUUUCUAGCAUGCAAAUUGACUAACAGGUGUAGGGUAUGUCACAAAAUGUUCAAACGAGAGCCCAGCCUUAGAAGGUAGAUGCAGUCAGAAGACAAAAAACUUAAGACUCCUGGCUAAAUGAUCUCUGUCAAUAUUUCUUCAUGUUUUAUAAAUUAUUCGUUUAUAUAAUCAACCUAUCAAUUAAAACGAUGGUACAGAAAAUUCCAUGAAAUCUUUUCAAGGGAAUUAUAAUGCUGUUGUCACAGGCCCAGAACACAGUUUUCUUAAACAUGUCCUUAGUUGUUAAUGGAGUGACCAUUCCGAAAAAUGGAGCAAAAAUAGAAUUUGAUUUUGAUUAGAUUGUGAAGUAAGCUACUCUUGUAUGCUUUGAAUAUUAAUAAUAACGAUACAUGAUUGAUUGUUGUGUAUCUUCUGCCAUUCACAACAGUCAGUCGCAGAUAUUUAACUGUGGGCCUAUAUAGUCACUUUCAUUUCCUUUUUAGUGUUACGCAGUCUCAAUUAACCAGUCACUCUUAAUGAUGCACUUGCCCAACCUUCUAAAAUUUCUAAGUCUCUGACAUUUUGUUGUUCAAACUUCUAAUCAAAAUGUAAGUAACAAUCUGUAAAUCCUUCGUUUUCAGUAUUGAGAUCUAGUCCAAGAAACAGACAUUCCUUAGAAAAAUUGUAAAUAUAAUGCAGAUUUAGUCAAAUGAAUGUAACUAAUAAUGUUUUGAGUUUUAAUUAAAUAAACUGAAAACAUUUAAAAUCUCUGAUUUAAAUGAUUUUAUCAAAAUUUUUAUUAUAUGUAUUUUAAUUUCUAACUUUUUGUUUUUGUUGAAGAGCUUUAAUAGAAAUUCUUUGGACAGAGUUUCAGGGUAGAAUGUUGCUGACAAUAUACAGUAUUCACUAGUCAUUCUAUUUUUUUUUAUAUAUAUUUUAAUUUAACUUUUACUUCUUUAUUAUGAGUAAAUAUUUGGCUAGUAACUAGAAGUCGUAUGUUUUAAUACAUGUGAUUAGAUACUGUAUUAUUACCAAUUAGUAUAGUUAUUCGUUAACAUAUGUAUUUGGUUUAUCUCAUUAAAAAGGUGUAUAAUAUUUUUUCUUCCUUAUAUAAUUUAAUAAUGUAAAAUUUAAUCCUUUAUUUUGUAUUAUUUUGUAAUAGAAAUCCACAAUACAAUUUGGGUUCUACAGCUGAUUAAAUUUGACCAUUACAUUACAAAACAUUAAAUUGUUGCAUAAUUACUAAUAAUGUGAAGUCUCUGUUGUGUAUGCAAUAAUUUAAUAAUCUUUAAGUGACUAGAGAUAGAAUAGAACAUAUUUAACUUAUUUGAUAGACACAGAGUAAUUUAUAUCAUAUUGCAGAAUUUCAAUGGUUUCAUAUUUGGGCCAAACCAAUCUGUUUUAUUGCUUUGGCAUCAUGAUAAAUAGCCUCAUUAGCCUCAAACAUUUUUAGCUAAAAGCAGCAAAGAAUGUUUUGUUUGAAUGUUUUUCUGUACACAAAGAUAGGAAGCUAAAUUUUAAUAGUUGUCCCUAAAGAACUAAACUGCCACUGUUGGGGCCGUUCAGACUUCUACCAGUUCUAUCUAAUAGAUGUAAUUUACUUUUUACAGGCAGAAUUGUACUGUCUUUAUGUGUGAUGCAUUUAUAGAUAUUUGUAUUCAGAUUAAGUUAUUGUUUUUUUGUUGCACUGAAAUGAUUCUUAACUAGGAUCCCAGUGCAUUUGCUUACAUUGUGAUAUUGAAGGCAUAUCUACCGAUUCUCUAUGAAUUAUGCUUUUAAUAACUUAAAUUGCUUUCUGUAAUAAUGUUGUUAAUGAAGUAAUUGAAAAAGUAGAUUCGUCUUUUAUGCCUAUCUAAAAAAUUAUUUAAAUGUGAUAUCCUGCAAGCCUUAAAUAUUUAUAUUGAAAUAUAUUGAUGAGUUAUAAGGCCAUAUAUAAAACUAUUCUGGUUCCCAGAUACUACUGCCUCACUUUUAAAAAGAAAAUAAAAACAGGCUCAUUAAUUACUGCACGUAAAUAUUUUAUCCUGGUUACAGAAACUAAAUCUAUAAAAAUAAUUGAAUGAAUCCCUCCAGCAUCAGAUUUUUGGUAAGGAUUGUCUGAGAACCAGGCCUAAUACAGUAUAUUUUAUAAUCACCAUAACUUUUGAUAUGUAUAUUUUUGCAAUAAUAUACAAAUAAUAGUGAAUUUUACUGAUGCUCAUUAAGGUUCUUUUUAUUUUAAUUGGCCAAUUUGUUAGGUAUAGUUAUGUUUUCCAAAUUAUGUUAAUACUGAUAGAGAAUGUUACAAAAUAUAUUUUGCUGUUAAAUUACCAUUUAUUACUGUUAGGCUAGGAGAGGGGGUUUUUUUCAGAAAAAAAAAUAUUUAAACUUUCCUGAACCCUACCUAAUGUAGAAGAUCACUGAGUUUAUUUAUUGAGAUGAUCAGGGAAGCUAUUCUGUUAAAGUUGUUAUAUUUGUAACAAUGAUUAUAGAUAUCUCAUUGAUUUUAUAUCUCAUUGACUGCUAUAGCAUAUAAGGAAUGAUCUCAACUUCUUGUUUACAAAUAAUUAAUUUUCUGAUCUUAAAUUUGUUCAUCAGUUUAUAUUUUCCAUUUUCUAUUGCUUGUUGUAAUUUUAACAUGUUAGUGACAUAGGGUAGUUACUAUUGAGGGAACCGUUACUUACAUGACAUAACACUUGACAGGAAAAUACUUUCCUGGAUCAGUUUUCAAUAUAUUGUUCAGCUGCUUAAAGAUGCAUUAUGUAAGAACUAAAACUGCCUAUCGCCUUUCUUUAUCGCCUGGUCAACUGGUGGGGGUUUCGAUUCCCUGGUUGUACGUGACAAGGAGUAGGAACGCCUGACCAACCUCUUGGGUUUCCUCUGGUUUGCUCCCACUACUAAGGACCCCUAUGCGCAAGCAAAUUAUUGAAAUAAAAUUGAACCAUGUGUUAGUCCCGAAAUGACCUAGUUUGUUAUGGGUGGACGUUAAACCCCAUUUCUCUCUCUCUAUCACCUGUCAAAUGUUAUAUAAACUAUUAUUUAGACAUUUAUUAACAUGACAAGCCCAUAAUCAACUCUCUAGCCCAUCGGAUGGUAGAGAUUUAAAUGGAUUAAAACUCCUGCGAGAUUUAAAGAUUUAAUGAUAAAAUGGAUAAUCAAAACAGUCUUGUUUGUCCUGUACUGUUGCUGCUCUGGGCUAUAUCUUCCAACACUCAUAACUUCAUUCAGAAUAAAGUAAUUUGAAUGAAAUUUUCAAUAUAUUCCUUUUUUCGUUAUAUAAUUUUAUAGCAAGAAUGGCCACAGUUUUUAUCUUAUUAUUACAUAAUGCAUCUUUAAAAAAUAUAUUAAAAUGAUUUAGACUGAAGAUUUCUACAGCAUCUUGACCCUGUCCAAAAUAUCAUAAAACCAUCCCAAAUGUAUCAUUCAGAGCCUUGUGUUAGGUUAUGGAGAAUUCUGCAUAUCAUGUAGUGAAACUUUUAUAUGUCAAGAUUCAUAGAGAUUAGGGCUUCGGAUAGACUCGGGUGUUGAGAGUAAGUGGUUCUUAUUGCAAUUAAAUUAUUCCAUAAAAUUGUUGAUGUUGCUCAAUUUAUCUUAAUCCAUGUGAUUUAUCAACAUGUCAUAUAAAAUGUUGAUCUAUAUUUUUAGGGAACAGCUUUAUGAUCGAUGUUUUCAGACAUAAAGGAUAAAGUAUUAGCAUUAAUAAGUUAGUUUUAUAUCAAAUUUAUAUCAUUACCAUUUUUAAUAUAGUUACAUAAUAAAUAAAUUAAAACUUUA